AUGGGAGCCGUCAGUUCCCGUGAUGAAAACGUCGACGCCGUUAUGAAGGAAAACGGUUUAAGAAAUUUGCACACGAGAUACUUACACCAAAUAGACUCAUAUCAUGCUAGGGUGGAAGAACAACUAAGAGAGAGCGGCUUCUAUCAUACAUCUCAGAUUGGGAGGAUCUGGUCUCACGGUCCAACUAUAGACACACUGGUUGAAAGGUGGCGGCCAAAGACGCACACGUUUCAUCUUCCACAUGGCGAGUGCAUAAUUACUUUGGAGGACAUCGCCAUGAUUUUCGGACUCCGAACUCACUGCUUGCCAGUUACUGGAUCAACUAACCACAGCACAAGUGGGUUAGAGAAUGAGUGCAUGACCCAAUUUGGUAGUGCUCCUGGCCCAAACGACCACAGCGGAUGUGGAAUCAAGCUUGCAUGGUUGAAUGAUUAUCAAUCAGCUAUCGAGCAGCAUAAAAAUUGGACAACUGUGGACGUCAGGAGAAGGUUGGACAAUCUUUCUCCGGAUGGGUUUGUGUGGGACUCAUACAGUCCCAACCAGAUUGCGCUGCAUGUUAUUCCAUUUGAGAUCAAUGACGGUGCAGAUCUCUAG